ACUUUAGUGACAGAAUGAGAAACUGAGCAAAAUGAAUACUUUAUCAUUAUUUGACAUAGUAAGCCAGGGGAUUGCUUGGUAACUUUUUCUUUGGAGAAAACGCUAGUUGAACUGUUAACUCUCAUGCCAAUUGGUUUACCUCCUUUGUGGUUUUAAAGUAGAAUUCCAUAGAAAUCAAGUGAAUGAGAACUAGGAUUAGAAUUGAUGUAAUUGUAGAGACCAGUUUAGCAGAUGUGAUAGACUUCUUUUGUGCUUUGGGGCUUCAUAGGUGACAGACAGGUACACUGUACACACCAGCCCUAUGUCUGUCUGAGCAGUGGAAUGUGCGAGGAAGGAGCAACCGCUGACUGAUGAACCUCAGCCAGUCUCCUUGCAGAGGGGUGCUAGAGCCUUCUGUAAGCACCGGAGAUGUCACCGGUAUCCAGGCAACCGGGAUGAGCAUGAGCCUCCCUGAGGCCAGCUUGUUGAGAGCGUCCUGGCCCGCACAAGCUGAGGAUCCAAGGCCGAACAGACUGACACACAGACAGACGACAGACAGAGGACGCACUGGCCGCUGGACCCCACCACCUCCCUCUUCUCUGCGCUGCCUGCGCCCGGAGGAUGAGCCCAGCUUUUAGGGCCAUGGACGUGGAGCCCCGCGCCAAGGGCGUCCUGCUGGAACCCUUUGUCCAUCAGGUCGGGGGGCACUCCUGUGUGCUCCACUUCAAUGAGACGACCCUGUGCAAGCCCCUGGUCCCAAGGGAGCACCAGUUCUAUGAGAGCCUCCCAGCUGAGAUGCGCAAAUUCACUCCCCAGUACAAAGGUGAGCCCCCAGCAGCAGUAGGGGACAACAACGCUGUGCUGAGGACUUGCGAGGGGUCGUGGCCAAGGAAGGCCCAGGCAGCCAUUCCCGGAGCCCUCGCCCCCUCCCACUCACUUGGUGUUUUCCCUCCUCCUCCUCCUCCUGGCCCUCAGCCCAGCACCUCACAUCCUCAGUUUUCAAGCCCUGGUGUGGUGUCCGUGCGCUUUGAAGAAGAUGAAGACAGGAAUUUGUGUUUAAUAGCGUAUCCUUUGAAAGGGGACCAUGGAACUGUGGACAGUUUAGACAAUUCAGAUUGUGAACCAAAAAGUAAGCUCCUAAGGUGGACAAACAAAAAACAUCAUGUCCUAGAAACAGAAAAGACUCCCAAGGACUGGGUACGCCAGCACCGGAAAGAGGAGAAGAUGAAGAGCCAUAAGUUGGAAGAAGAAUUUGAGUGGCUAAAGAAAUCUGAAGUUUUAUACUACAGUGUAGAGAAAAAGGGGAAUGUGAGUUCCCAGCUUAAACACUAUAACCCUUGGAGUAUGAAGUGUCACCAGCAACAGUUACAGCGAAUGAAGGAGAAUGUGAAGCAUCGGAACCAGUACAAAUUUAUCUUAUUGGAGAACCUGACUUCCCGCUACGAGGUGCCUUGUGUCCUGGAUCUCAAGAUGGGCACCCGCCAGCAUGGUGAUGAUGCUUCAGAGGAGAAGGCAGCCAACCAGAUCCGCAAGUGCCAGCAGAGCACAUCUGCGGUCAUCGGGGUUCGCGUGUGUGGCAUGCAGGUGUACCAGGCAGGCAGUGGGCAGCUCAUGUUCAUGAACAAGUAUCACGGGCGGAAGCUGUCGGUGCAGGGCUUCAAGGAGGCACUUUUCCAGUUCUUCCACAAUGGGCGGUACCUGCGCCGUGAGCUCCUGGGUCCUGUGCUCAAGAAAUUGACUGAGCUUAAGGCAGUAUUGGAGCGACAGGAGUCCUACCGCUUCUAUUCAAGCUCCCUGCUGGUCAUCUACGAUGGGAAGGAGCUGCCUGAGGUGGCCCUGGACUCAGAUGCUGAGGAGUUGGAGGACCUGUCAGAGGAGUCGGCUGAUGAGUCUGCUGGCGCCUAUGCCUACAAGCCCAUCGGUGCCAGCUCAGUGGACGUGCGCAUGAUCGACUUUGCACAUACCACCUGCAGGCUGUAUGGUGAGGACAGUGUGGUGCAUGAGGGCCAGGAUGCUGGCUAUAUCUUUGGGCUCCAGAGCCUGAUAGACAUUGUCACAGAGAUAAGCGAGGAGAGUGGGGAGUGAGCUUGCUGGCUUCACCAGCACCUGAGAGACUCUCUGUGUCCCAGGCACAGCUGUGCUGCGUCAAGGAGGAGGCUGGCAUGGCCAGGAGGUUGCCCCUGCAGCCUGGAGCUGCCCCGCAGAGGCCUUUGUGAGCCCCGGCCUGAGCCAGCCCUGCUGCCCUCGGAGUCUUUAUUUAUUUUACCUAUUUCUUCAACAUUCCACAUUUGAUGAUGCAGAUACCUCUUUCUUCCUUGAGUGUAAAUGUUCCAAUACAAAUCUUUUUGUUAAUUGUA